UCCUGUUUGCGGUGGGAAAGGUUGAUUGGUGCUUGUAUCACCAUGACCCAUCGCAAUUCCCCGGAUCGACUCGGGCGUGCCGAUUUGGCGACUCAUUAAUUUAUGUUAUCAUCAUUAUUGAACCGAGCGUUACAGGGAAGGGAAGGGAUUACUGGAUGGUCGCUCCGCUCGCCAUGAUGAGAUUUUCCGGAAUUGUGGGGGUCGUACGGGUCGUCUGACUAACCCCGUGAAGGGGGCAGGAGGAGGAGGAGGUUAACAUGAUAGAGUUCCACGAGAUUACCGUUGGUUUCAAGUGAUCUCACCCAUGCGAGCACAGGUAUCAGGUAUCAUGAUAAGCUAGUGCCGCCAUGUAUCAUGGGCUGCGGUAUCAAUGAUCGUCGGGGCCGGAUUGGAAGUGAAGGGUUCCGGAACCAAGCUCACAGCCACCACAAGCCCCCCUCCCCCUCACCGCAGAGUUUAUCAUAUCAUACACGGUCGGUAGGGGGGAACAAGGAGAUUGUGCAGUACCGUAAGAGAGCCCGUCCCCGCGCUUCUUCCUUCCAGAUCCGCCGAGUGAGCCGGGUAUCUAUGCUUACACAGUCCAUGCAUCGGCUACACUAGAUUACGAUACCACAAUCUAAGCCUAAUCAACACACCGACGGUGCCCUGCACAGAGAAAAUAGUCCUUCCGAGAGGUCUCGUGCAGUGCAAGUUACAAUCCCAUCUGCCAUUGCUAUCGAGAGCUCCUCCCAGCGAGGAAGCAGCAUCCCCAAAACUCUCCCGAGCAACUCGUUACUCAUCAACCCUCGCUGCCCUACUACUCCCCAGGCCGAAGCUGCAACGCCCCAAAGGGAAAGCGGUAGACUAUAUACUGUACAAGUGCAUGCAGCAGUGAGGUGAUUUUGGGAUAACAGAAGAUAGGCAUUGUGGAAAAAAAAAAUGAAAAAAAAAAAAAAGUCCUAGAAUAACGAUAUAUCAAUCACUCCCUCUCAUGGUCCUUCACCAUCAUCAUUAUGGUCACCUCGUCCUCCUCAGUAGCUUCAUUGCGAAACACCCGUGAUCCCUAACCACAUUCAGGAUCCGACGUGAGGCGAAUUUUUGCCAACUAGGCCUUCAAAGAGAAUAUCGCACAAUACAGCGGAGACGUAGCAACCCCGCUCUUGACCAACUUACCCCGCAAAGUUUGUGUUUGCGUACUGUACCCGCCUACAUAUCACACGGCGACGACAAACAUCCAGCAGCCAUAGUGUAAAAUGUCCUCCAAUAAGAAGAAGAUCCUGGCGCUAGGGGAGAUCAUCCAGUAGGUUCAAUUCUUGACUCCAAUUCCUUUUUUUCUUUCCUUUUCUCCCCAUCUCUCACGUGGGCAUGCAAGGGCCAAGAGAAGGGGGAGAUAAAAAAGGUGGCGGAUAGGUGGGUUGCAUAUAGCUAACCAGGUGACAUUAGCGCACACACAUACUGGAAUUCACUAAAUGAUAUCGCCGAGAUCAUCAUUCCCAAGGCACGCGGUAGAGCGGAAUUCAUAGAGGAAAGCAAAUCAGGUGCAUUCGAUGGCGUCCUUUGUGCCUACCGAACCUUUCCUUCGGAAGCCAUAACGGGCCGAAUAGACGAGGAACUCGUAAGCGCCCUGCCAAAGAGCCUGAAAUUCCUCUGUCACAAUGGUAAACAUUAAUCCCUUUUUCCUCCCCUCUUCCCUUUCUCCCGCGAAUCGCCUCCCAAGGAAACGAGAUGAUCACCAUCACGAGGGAUGCUGAGACAAAUAAAACGAAAAAAGGUGCCGGUUACGACCAGAUCGAUCCAGAAGCAUGCACCCGGCACGACAUCCGAGUGUCCAAUGUCCCGACAGCUGUCGACGACGCAACGGCAGACCUAAACCUCUUCUUGAUAAUCGGGGCCCUACGUAACCUGAACCAAGGCAUGUUCCAGCUGCGCCAGGGCAACUGGCUCAAGGACGUCCCUCUGGGACACGACCCGGAGGGGAAGAUCUUGGGCAUUCUAGGGCUCGGCGGGAUAGGACGCACACUGAAGAAGCGGACAGACGCAUUUGACAUGAAGGUUAUCUAUCACAAUCGGAGACGCCUAUCCCCAGACCUGGAGGAUGGGGCGGAAUAUGUCAGCUUCGACGAGCUCCUUUCCAGGUCGGAUGUCAUUAGUUUGAAUCUCCCCUUGAACGUAUGCUUCCCCUUCCCCCCCUAGGAUGGGUCCGGGUCCGCCGGUAUGGUGUAGCACCGUACAAGACUCUUGACCACCUUUGAAAUGGCUAACAUAUAAACCGAGGAUGUGACCCACAAAAAAUACCCACAAUCUAGUCCGCAACAAGACACAUACUCUCGACCAAAGAGUUCUCAAAGAUGAAGGACGGCGUAGUAAUCGUGAACACAGCCCGCGGCGCAGUGAUGGACGAGGACGCACUCGUGCAAGCCCUCGCUAGUGGAAAAGUGCGAAGCUGUGGGCUCGACGUGUACGAGGAGGAACCGAAAGUGCAUCCGGGUCUUUUAUCCAAUCCCAGCGUUAUGCUGAUCCCACACAUGGGGACUCACUGCCAUGAGGUAUGGAAUUGCUUUUCGCGCAAGCACCGGAAGUGGAAGGAAACUGAUGGACUGGAAAUAGACUCGAGAGGCGAUGGAAUGCUGGGCCAUUGACAACCUGCACUCCGCAAUCUCCACCGGGAAGCUGAAAUCUCCGAUACCAGAGCAGGCUGGUAUGUGAAUGUGAGCCAUGUGAGUUGGCGGGAGGGACGGAGAGAUAGAUAAUUACUAGAUACAAGCUAGACCAUUACUCAUACAUGUAUUUAUCCCAUCUCCACACAAAGGUCCCGUCUCCAAGUCCAAGUCUCAGAGGUCCCGUAUCAAAGUGGCGGAGCCAGAGCGAAACGAGUGA